GCGGCGGGUGGCAAUCUGACAUCUGCUGUAAUGGGAGAGCUGUCAUUACAAGGCAGCUUUCCUGUCCUCCUCUAAUAGAACUGCACUGUAUUCUACACUCAAGGACAUCCAAUAGAAGUAGCUGCUUUGGUCUGUACUUGUAUACAUAGGAGACAUCUGGGAUGGAUGAUGUAAAGAGCGUUACCUAUGGCAAUCCGAUGGAAGGAUUGUAAAGCUCUUACUAGCCCCUUCCCAUCAAAUCUGAAGACGGCAUGGAGCGACAGUCCAUCUCCAUUUCAUCUCUGAAAAAGCUUGUAGCGAUGCCGGACCACACAGAUGUAUCUCUAAGCCCUGAGGAGCGAGUUCGGGCCCUCAGCAAGCUAGGCUGUAAUAUCACCAUCAAUGAAGACAUCACACCCAGGCGCUACUUUCGGUCUGGAGUGGAGAUGGAAAGAAUGGCCUCUGUAUACUUGGAUGAAGGAAAUCUUGAAAAUGCCUUUGUUCUCUACAACAAGUUUAUAAUGCUGUUUGUUGAGAAGCUGCCCCAACACCGAGACUACCAACAAUGUGAAAUUCCAGAAAAACAAGAUAUAUUAAAGAAAUUAAAAGAGAUUGCAUUUCCAAGAACAGAUGAUCUUAAGAAAGAGCUUUUGACAAAAUAUAACUUAGAAUACCAAGAACAUAUGCAAGGCAUUAACAAGAGGAAGGCAGAAUGUCUGAAGAAAAUUGAGCAGCAGCAGCUUAUAGAGGCAGAAAAAAAGCGAGUGGCCCAGCUACGACAGCAGCAAAUAGAGACUGAACAAUUCACCUUCUUUGAGGACCAGCUUCGAAAACAAGAUCUGAUGCGAGACCAGCAGAAAAAUACAGAUAAAAUCUCUGAGCAGACCGAUGGUAGUGCAAUGACUUGUUUUCCCUCUUCUAAAACUCACCCAAUGUGCAAUGUUUUUUCUGGAAAAGCUGGAAAGAAGGACGCAGCCACAUAUGCGGGUCAAUCACCUCCUAUAAACAGAGCUUUAAGGCCAGCAGCCACUCUAAGUGCUGUUCAGAAUGAAAUUGUGGAAGGCCUCCGAAUGGUUGUUCUACCCAAAGAUCUUUCUCAGAAAUUUUUGCAGUUGGCGGAUGCAAAUACCACCCGAGGAAUUGAGACAUGUGGGAUUCUUUGUGGCAAGCUGACACACGAUGAGUUCAUCAUUACACACAUAAUUGUACCAAAGCAGUCUGCAGGUCCAGACUAUUGUGACAUGGAGAAUGUGGAAGAAUUAUUUAAUGUACAGGAUCAGCACAAUCUACUUACAUUGGGUUGGAUUCAUACGCAUCCAACCCAAACGGCUUUCCUGUCCAGUGUUGAUCUUCACACUCACUGCUCCUACCAGCUCAUGCUACCUGAAGCCAUUGCUAUUGUUUGUUCACCAAAGCACAACGACACUGGGAUAUUUCGACUUACUAAUGCUGGCAUGCUGGAAGUGUCUGCCUGUAAGAAGAAAGGUUUUCACCCUCACAGCAAAGAGCCCAAACCAUUUAAUGUGUGCAGACACGUGAUUGUAAAAGAUGUGAAAAUUACAGUUCUGGAUCUGAGGUGAUAGUUCCUGACAUCUUUUGUGCUAGCAGUUCUCAACUGGAACAAGCGGACUGUUUUUCUAAUUUAUCAUUUUUAAAUGUGAUGAUUUCAUAUUUAUUGCUCCUGCCCAUUUUGGAUUCUUGUUUAUUUUCAAUUAGAGUGGCCUGCGUGGUCAUAGAAGUGAAACAUGUACCAUCUAUGUUCAUAUGUAGAUCACAAGAGGCCUCUAAUUAAAAGUAUGCUUCUAUGAA